CGAAUUACAGCUGCCCCAGAGUUCAUGCGACCCCGCAACCCCGGAUUGUUUUGGCUCUAGACUAUUUUGUCCCCAUAUUUGUUGUACCUAGAACCGCCCAAGUCUGCAGACAUCAGGUGCUUUCGUAGACAUCUUCAUCGGAUAUAUAUAAGAUGUCAACUGACCCUACGUGAAUACUUUCUGUCUCCUCACCACGGCAACUCCUUUCUCCUUACGCUAUUCGUGCCAGACAUUUCCUUUUACGGAACCAUACAGGAUAUAAAUUUCUCAUGGCGGCCAACGAGAAGCUUGACGAGCGCAUUGCUCAUGACGAACAUUUGGGCAACAUCGGAGACGACGCCGUCGUAAAUGCCAUGGAGGCAACUAGCAUUGCCAAUGGUGCUAUUCAAGCCACGUACCCUAUAUUUUCUCUAAGCAUGAUGCGUCUGUAUGGUUGCUUGUUGAUCGGUUACCUUUGUGCAACUAUGAACGGCUUUGACGGUUCUGUUAUGGGGGGGAUCAACGCUAUGGUUUCAUACCAAAAGUUUUUCAACAUGGUGAGCGCGUCCUCGAGCACUGGCCUCAUUUUUGCCAUCUACAACGUCGGGUCCGCAUGUGCUGUACCAUUUGUAGGGCCUGUGAACGAUUACUGGGGCAGGCGUGCUGGUAUGUUUACCGGGUCACUUAUUGUCGUCAUGGGAACAGCUAUUACUGCGUCUGCAAAAAACCAUGAUAUGUUCAUGGGAGGGCGAUUUGUUCUUGGGUUCGGGGUUUGCUUUGCAAAUGUCAGCGGACCCAUCUAUGUUGGGGAAUUGGCUCACCCUGCAUUUCGUGGGCCUCUGUCGGGAGUUUAUAAUUGCUUCUGGUACAUUGGUUCAAUAUUGGCUGCAUGGGUUGUCUACGCUGCCCGGGACAAGCCCAACGGGUGGCGUAUUCCUCUAUAUUGUCAACUCAUCGCUAGCGGCCUGAUCGCCCUAUUCGUUUGGUUAUUACCUGAAUCUCCACGAUGGCUUAUAAGCCACGGACGCAACGAAUCCGCACGCGCUGUCUUGGCCCGUUAUCAUGGUGAAGGUGAUCCUGAACACCCCAUUGUUAAGCUUCAAAUGGCAGAAAUGGAAUAUCAAAUCUCGACUACAGGAUCCGACAAGAGUUGGUGGGACUAUAGGGAGCUAUGGGAUACUCGGUCUCAUCGUCGCCGCUUGGUACCUGUUUUGACAAUGGCCGUAUUCGGUCAGUGGUCCGGAAACUCAGUCACCAGUUACUAUCUGCCAGUGAUGCUUGAAAAUGCUGGAAUCAUAUCCCAGCAGAGAAAGCUUCUACUUAACGGUAUUAACGCACCUCUCUGCUUCAUUGCUUCAUUGGCAGGAGCUAUGUUGCUAGACAAGGCUGGAAGAAGGCCGCUGCUUAUGUCUUCACUUAUGGCCUGCAUUUGUUGCUUUGUCAUCCUCACUCCGGUUUCGAAGCUGGCCAAGGAGAACCCGGAUAACUCAGCUGCGGCAAAUACUAGCAUUGCAUUCAUCUACCUGUUUGGGAUCGUAUUCUCCUUCGCUUGGACCCCGCUUUCUCCAAUGUACGUCGUGGAAUGUUUAGACACACCUACGCGUGCAAAGGGCAAGUCAUUGGCCCAGUUCUUCACAGCCUGCUCCUCUGCUAUUAUCCAAUACUCGUCUGGUCCUGCGUUCCAGCAUAUGAUGUACUACUUCUAUAUCUGCUUCAUUUGCUGGGAUGUCCUCGAGCUCAUAGUCAUCUAUUUCUUCUGGCCAGAGACUAAAGGACGAACACUCGAAGAACUAGAUGAAGUGUUUCAGGCGGAUAAUCCAGUCAAGAUGAGUCUCCAGGCUAAGAACGUCCAGACCGUGCUCAACACGCUCCAUGUCGAGGCAAAAUCUGUUUCUGUCUAAGGGGCCUGAGGAGAGGAAGAGUCUCAAGUCAUUUCAGUCACAAUGUGCCGAACAACUUAGUUAUGCUACAAAAACUUCCCUCAACUGCAGUUCAAUAUACUCGUAGUAUAAACCUGAACAUUAUUAUUUGGAUUGUUGUCUAAUGUUUUGAGAAUUUUUUUAUAACUACUACCAACCACGAGAACGCAACAAGUAGCAUACAAGCUUGGGUGCAGUGCAGAUCCUCAACGAAAUCAAUCGACAGCCAUCAUGACAGACGUUACUAUUCUAGAAGCGACGAACUUAGGAAGAUCUAUAGCCAGUCUUAACAACAAAAUCAAAGUACGACGGUAUUUGCUAGUAUUCCCAACCUAUCUUUAAAACAAGAGAAAUCUAUGAGUAUUUUUCCCUGCCCAACUGCUUCUACGAUCGGCAAGUCGUAAUAAUGUGAUUAAUGGGAC